AUGCCUGGAACAAGCGCUGCAACUGCAAGAUUGGAGCGAGUUGCGAGGAUGAAAGGCACUCCUCCCCCCAAGGAGCCGACUCUGAAGCCAUCUAAACAAGAGACAUCGAAGCCACAGCAAAUACCCACUGCACCACAGCAACAACUGCCGCCAAAACCACAUAGACAACGUCGUACACCAAGAAAGAAAGUCGACUACACACCGAAACCAAGAGUACCUGCCCCAUCACCUUCACCAAAUCCCAUCCCACCUCCUCCAAAAACCGACCCUCUCCCUUCCCUCACCUGUUCCCCAACUCCAACUCCUUCCUCCUCCAGAGUUCCAGCCAGUGCCAGCAGAGAGAGAGAUGAAACAGCCAGUGACUGUGUUACAAUCACAGUAGAAGGGAUACUUAUUCUCUUCGAGAAGUUGACAGGGAAACCUGUCGACAGGAAGGCACUGCUGGAAGUCAUACAACCACACCUCAUACAAAAUCCUCAUUCAAAAGCAACUGCUGUUCGAUUCGAAUAA